CGUGCACGUGAGCGCAGCAGUUCCCGGAGAGUCCGAAGAUGACCGAAGUGAAGUCGCGCUUGGCGCUGAUGCAAAUGCAUAAGCUUCUCUACUCCGUCAGGAUCGAAGACACGGUCUGCAUCAACAAGUUGACGACAAGCGGCGUACCACAUCUCAUCAACUGCCGCGAUCCCAAGACUGGGGAAUCAGCUCUACACAUAGCUGCUACUGGCAACAAAGAGAAUGUUGUUCAGUUGCUCUUGGAUCGUGGCUCAUGGCGAAAUCCGCAAGAUAGACAAGGCAGGACACCACUGAUGAGGGCCGCCGAACAUGGUCAUGAGCAGACUGUCAGAAUCUUACUAGUUGAUGAAACUGAGGAAUCUGAAGAAAACGAAGCAGGCAAAGAAAUAUCAGCAAGCGUAAAAUGCACUGAUUGCGAAGGCAAAAAUUCUCUCUUCUAUUGUCUCAGUCCCACAGAUCGGCACGUACGAUGUCUGCAGAUGCUUGUUGAAGCGGGUGGCGAUGUGAACUCAGAGGAUGCAAGCGGUUUACCAUUGCUCUGUGCUGCUAGCAAAGAAGGAUACGAAAGCAUAGUUGCCAAGCUGCUUCAGCUGGGUGCCGACCCGUGUGCUCAACACAAGACACUGGGUACGUCUGCUGUCAUGUAUGCUGCCGAGUGUGGCAGUAGUGAGUGCAUCCGGUUGUUGGCAAAGGCUGGUGCUGAUCUGAAUGAACCGGAUGCUAAGAAGGAGACUGCAGCUCAUCGAGCUGCAGUUAAAGGGUUCACAACUGUCCUACAUACUUUGGCUGCAUUUGGUGCUAACUUCGGUACCAUCGAUACAAAAGGCAACACAGCAAUUCACUGUGCAAUUCAAGCGGGUGACACAGAAGGCUGCAAGUUCCUGGCACAGAGAGGUUGUCCUCCCAAUAUAGCAAACGACGAUGAAAUCACACCAAAGAAACUAGCCGACGACCUCGGAUACAAAGACAUUGUGAAAGAAGUGAAGAAGGCGACAACAGUUGCACAGAAAGUCGAUCAAGGGGGCAAACCAAAGGGGUACACUGAUCUGUGGCGACUGAGGGUCUUUGAUUGGGUUUAUCAGCACAAACGGGACUGUAUUGCUGAGUUUGUGAAGCUAGAUCCUGAAGAAGAAGGAACAAUGCCUACGGAAACAUUUGUUGCAGCCUUGAAAAAUUUAGGUAUUCCUGUUCCUGAUAACGAUCUACAACAAGUAGCUGCAUUGCAUGACAAAGGAAAACGAAACAAGGUGAACUACGAAGAAUUCUUAAGAGGCACUAAAUACGUUGGCAAGCAAUAUUCUGCACAUGCAGCGGAGCCGAAAGAGAAGGGGAAAAAGAAGAAAGGCGGCAAACGCGGAAAGAAGGGUAAAUUGAAAAUCGCGUUUCCCAUCAUCUACUCAACCGAAGGCGAGAAACAAAUCAACUGUACUCUACCGGAAGUGAUGAUUGAGAGGCACCACCAUGUUUCGGAUGAUGUGAGAUUUCCUCGAGAUUCUGCACCUGAUCACAUCUUACAAGACGACUCGCUGUGGUAUCUUACUCGACCAGAUCGAACGUACAUAAAUAUAUUCGAUGCCAUUCGUCAUGGAGACAUGGAUUCGAUCCGUUUGGCAGUCAACCGUGGAACGUCAGUGAAUGUAUGUGAUCGCUACAACAAGACACCAUUGAUGGUCGCCUGCACUCAAGGUCGUGUUGACGUGAUGGACUACUUGCUGUCCCAUGGUGCUGACGUCAACGCCGCUGACUAUUUCCAGUGGACGGCACUUCACCUUGCUUGUCAUUCUGGACAUAUAAAUUGUGUUAUAAGAAUGGUUGACGCAGGAGCCGACAUCAAUGCUCAAAGCACCAACGGUGGCACUCCAUUGAUGAGGGCCGUCGAGAGUUCACAGAUUGAUAUUGUACAGUAUUUGCUUGAUAAAGGGGCGAACUGUCUAUUGGAGAACACCCAAGGAAAGACUGUCCUCGAUUUAGCCAUGCAAUGGGGCAGCCCUGAAAUUCUAUUAUUGAUACGUUCGAAAUUCGACGGCUUGCCGUCACCGAAAGACAAGAAAGAUAAAGGGAAAGGGAAAGGGAAAGGUAAGGGCAAAGGAAAGGACAAGAAAAAAGAGAGCGCGAAAUCAUCCGGGAAGGGUAAAGAAAAAGGCGCAUCACUACUGCCACCGAAACCACAUACUGUGGGUGGAGACAGGCCCUCUGUUCAUCCUGGCCUGCUCAGUACGCGGUUGCCUUCACCAGAAGCGCUUGCCUUGGCACAUCGGCAUAGAAGCAACGUUCAGCGAGCCAUGACUGCCACUCAUCUUCAUCCCAGCCAAUUGUACCAACCCAAGGUGGCGUGGACUCAGCGUCCUCCCACAACAGCUAGUGCAAUGGCUAGGAAGGCGUCGGCGAGAACACAACGGGGUAUCGAGGCGGUGGACUUUGGUGAGCAGAGGUCACCUUUUCAGUUGAGUGUGCUCGCUAAGGCGCGGGCUGUUGCCGAGGGAGCCAUUUGAAUGAACAAUUAUCGUUUGUAAUGAUAUUAGAUGAUGUAUUAAUCAUUAGUAUUCUCCGUCAUAUGUACAUUCUGCAAAAAAGAGCAGCUUUACUGAUUUUAA